AUGGGCUGGAAGCGUGCCUUAUCGCUGCUGCGGGCAAUGCCGGAAGCCAGACUCGACGCAAACCAGCGCACUUGGAAUGCUGUACUGCGCGCCUGCGAAUCCGAUGCUCAGUGGGAGCUUGCCCUGAGUCUGAUGAGGGAGCUCUGGCUGACGGGCGUCGACAAGAAUACCCAGACGUUUCUCGCAGCGAUCGGCGCAUGCGCCCGGGCGAAGAAGUGGCAGGUCGCCCUGGCGCUCCUCGAGGACGCGCACCUGGAGCGUGCCGCGACCGAGCCGCACGUGUACUGCGCAGCGCUGAGCGCGUGCGCCAAGGCGUCGCGGUGGCAGGCGGCGCUCCGCGUGGUGUUCACCAUGGUCAGCCGCACCGUCUGGGUCGACGCGGCCACCUACAACGUGGCCAUCGACGCCUGCGCCGCGGGGCGGCAGCCCGCCCGCGCCUUCCAGCUGCUCCACGAGAUGCAGACCCUCGGCGUGCAGGCGGACCGCUGGACGGAGACCGCCGUCCCGGACGGCUGGAGCCUCGCGGACGCGCGGUGGGCGUGCGCGGGGGGGGGCGGCCGCUGGGAGGAGGCCUGGGCGAUCUUCGCGGCGGCGCCGGGAGACCGCAGCGCCCCGCAGAAGCACGGGCUGCGGCCCCUCGGCAGCCUGAGGCCAGGCGGGCGCGGGGUGGCGCCCCCGGGCGGCUGA